UCGGGUUGCUGCUCCGGUUGUCGCCAGUUUCGCGGGCUUACUUUAGCCCCCCCCCUCCUUACCUCGAGGUAGGUAGUCACCGGAACGUGCGGCGUGGGUGUCUCCAGUUCCUUCCCGGGCCCACGGCGGGAUCUCCAUGUCAAUCAGUUUGAUAAUUGGUCGCGGAACCAAUCAAUCUAUUGCUGAAGGAAUCAAUCAGUCGGUGAAAUGAUCAAUCCGUCAAUCAAUCGAUGAUUCGGUCAAUCAGCCAACCAAUCAAUCAAUCAAUCGAUGAUUCGGUCAAUCAGACAACCAAGCAAUCAAUCGAUUUAGUUAUCUCACCCGUCGUCAGAUCAGGGAAAUGUGACGGAGGAUGCGUGGAAGUGGAAGAAGACGGGGAAGUGUCGCAGAAAGGGUGGUGAGGGAGCGAGAAGGGAAGGCGGGGAGAGGGAGCGAGGGCGGACAGGUGACAGCGGGGAGCAAGGAGCGGAGGCGAGAGAGUAAGGGGAGAGGGAGGGAGCGAAGUGUGGGAGGUGGAGUUGGAAGGAAGGGUUGGAGGAGUAAAGGGACGGGUAGUGUGGGAAGGGGAGUGAGGAGAGAAGGGGGGAACGGCAGGAAGAAGGGUGGGCGUCCAGAAGUGAAGGCGAGCGGGAAGGGGGGAGCAGGGGGACAGAGGAGGGAGAAAGGGGAGGGGUAGGGAUAUCGACGGGCAUUAUGAGUUUCCAAGAUGUUGCGGGAACGGGAGCAGGGCCCGCUGGCUUGCGCGGCGGCGCGCAGCAAGAUCGGGAUCCAAGCCAGCAGGUCGCGGCGGGAAUCUUCCAGAUCAACACCAGUGUGAACACGUUCAAGAGACUUGUGAAUACGCUUGGCACGCCCAAAGAUACGCCCGAACUGCGCGAACGAUUGCACAAGACAAGGCAACAGAUCGGGCAGCUAGCAAAAGAUACAUCUGCGAAAUUGAAAGCAGCAAGUGAAGGCGACCAUUCUGCAGUCGUUAGCGCUAGUAAGAAGCUGAGUGAUGCAAAGCUUGCGAAAGAUUUUCAAGCGGUUCUGAAGGAGUUCCAGAAGGCACAGAGGACUGCUGCGGAGAGGGAAACUGCCUUUACUCCAUUGGCCUCUCGUCCUGCAGCUUCCAAGCCUGGUGCAGACAGACCCACUGCCAAUGGAACUGCGACGCUGUCAAGUGCGGAGGAGAAUCAAGCGCGUCAUGGAUUGAUUGCAGAACAGAGAAGGCAGGAGUUGGUGCAGCUUGACACUGAACUCACUUUCAACGAAGCGGUGAUCGAGGAGAGGGACCAAGGAAUACGUGAGAUUCAACAUCAAAUCGUCGAGGUCAAUGAAAUCUUCAAGGAUUUGGCAGUGCUCGUGCAUGAGCAAGGGCAAAUGAUUGAGGACAUUGAAACAAACAUAGAGAAUACAGCGGGAUCAACGACACAAGCUGUGAAACAGGUCGCAAAGGCAUCCAAGAGCCAGCGAUCAUCUGAUAAUCGGGCCUGCUGCUUGAUGAUACUCUUGGUAGUUGUUGUGGUGAUUCUUGUUCUUAUUCUCAAACCGUAGGAGAUCGUUGCGACAGACGUAUAUGCAGUUGAGAUAUAAGGCGGCGUGUUUGAUGAUUGGACUCGGACAUUCGGCGUACUCCGAAUUCGUGAGACGGGACAAGAGCAUGACAAGUGGGGGUAUAUCGCUAGCACACAUUACCCGAGAUGCGUGCUCGUUUCAAAACUGCUAUUGGGUGACAGUGCUCUUAUGUGGAGGCCUAUAGUACAUGAGCUGGAAUUGAAUGUGUUGUCCGCAGUGGAUGUCUCGUCGAGGAUAUAUCUCAAAUUGUCUGCGACAGGUGGACGAGCCGGGGAAGGUGUGUACAGAUACAGUAGGGUGUUGUAGCGCGGGUGCAGCAAAGACGGAAGGGAAGGGAAGGGAUCUGGUCCCUCUUGUCAGUUAUAUUCAUUAGAGGCAGAUGGGACUUGCUCAUCGUUCUUGUAUUGGGCGUGGGAGGUGGAGUGUGAGGGGAAGAUGGUGUUGUCGAUGUGUGCAUUGUUUGCGGCUGAAAAGGUAGGGAAAGAGGGGUCGGGCUGACGGGGUUGGUGAAGUGUAGCGGACAAAGUUUUUCAAGAGAGAACGAAGAAAGACAAGUGUCAGUGCGCGCUCUUUCGCAAUUGCAAGCAAGUUAUUUCUUUUUCCUUUGAGGCGGUCGGCUUUGUGAAGUGAUGAUGGUGGUGGCGAAUUGUGAUGAGCGCCGGUGUGGAAAGGGUGCUUGUUGAUAGUGGAGGUGUGCUGGUUGGUUGUCGUUGUCGUUGAAGGCGGUUUCGUCAAGCCUCGCUGACAGAAGUUUCUUAAAGAUGGACGCAAUGAAAAGCCCGUGCUUGAGGAGCCUUGCUCCUCAAUUGUGAGGGUGUUUACUUGUUCCCUUUCGAUUGGUUGGCAGCAAGAAGUGUGAGAUAAUGAUGGUGAUCAUUAUGGCUGCGGCGAGCAGCGGAGUUGAAGAACUGCCCAACAGUGGACGUAAGGGAGGAGGGGGGNGGUAUACAUGAUCGGGGCCGCACAUGGCCUUUGUUAUUAUUCAGCAAGUGAUAGUGUGUGUUCUUCUGACUGUCUCCUGGGUUUCUAUUCUUCAAUAGUACUGAUGCUCUGGAAUCUGAGUCGCCGAUGGAGUAGUAGCUCCUGCUUAGAUCUCGGUGUCCUGCGUGUGCAGGGUCAUGAUGGGCAAAUUGAUGCAAUUGCCUUAUACGGAAAGGAGAUGACACUUAACUCUCUCCUGGUCUCUCCUCUACUGAAACCUUGGGAAGCAGACGAGAUCACGUAAUCAUUUAUAAAAUAGUGGACAAGAUGGUCGUUGACUGUCGACCGUCAGAUGGUGUUGAUUUUUAAUGAUCGUCUGCAUUUUGUCAGGAUUUAGGGUUUCAGUGCACCCCGCUCGUGUGGUUCGGCAUUGAUUUACUUCAUCAUUUGGCACAGUGGAAGAUGACCAGCCAAGGACCGGUGCGCCUUGUGUGAGUUAGGGUUCUUGAGUCCUAAAUUUGCGAUUGUCGUCCUUUGCGAACGUUCAUUGGUAAAAGCUCCCAUGCAUUGUUGUUGGCGUCGGCCCCAUUUUGGAGGCUGUCCGGUGAAUCGAUGUGUGUAUGUACUAUGUAGUAUUUUCCUGCUCCGCUACUCCUUCCUUCCUCCUCUUUUCUCUAAUACCGUAGUAAUAGCGUAGGAAUUUGAUCUUGAUGACAUUCUGUCUCUCGCUCUCGUCCUGCCCAUCUGCUGAAGCAGCUGGCCGGGUGAUUGUCUCUGGGUCCUGCGGGAUGCCUAUCUUAGGGGAAUUAUCAAUCAUGACUUUCUUCUGUGUUCUAGCCGCAGGACGGAAUGAAAAUUUGUAUUCAGC